UCAACGUCAACACUGACUAUUUCGCCGAGUCCACGCACAUCUCUUGCUACAUUCAGCGUUCUAUAAGCAUUGAGCUACAUAUUCAGGACAGACAGGACUUGAUGCAGUCGGCAGUCCCGGUCAUGUUCUAAUGAUUCCAAUCACGCAUUCACGGCAAGGACGGUCUGUUAUUACGUAGUAAAAACUCAACUGUCUGUCGUUAAUAGUCACUUCAAGCUCAUCAUCGCUCUUCUUGGCCCGAACGACCAUGUCUGCUGCUUCCGAGACGUCUCAUGUCUCAGCGUGCGAGGAGACACUUAGCUUUGUCGUCACAACGGGCGACAGAGUCAGCCAAGCGCAGUUUGAUGAGUGUGCUUCCUUCUCAGCGACAACUACGGCAUAUGGGGCCCCCUCGUGUCUUUUUCGAAAACCUGGGAACCGUGUAAAAAUGAACGUGGCGAAAUUCAAGGGCCAGCUCAUACCAGACGAUCCGGCUACCACGGUUCUCGCGACGUGCCGCGCUGGCGAUAGUUUGCUCGGACAUGCAUUUGCGACAACAUGGAUCUACGAAUCCUCGCACAAGCUCGACCAUGAUGAUUCGCGGGGAACGGCGAAGGCAGGCUGGAUCACACAGCUUGUCGUCGAUAAGUCAUGUCGCAGACGUGGGAUUGCGACCGAACUCUUGCAAAGCUUGCUGGUGUCGGAGCCAUUCCAGAACGUCUCCGUUCUCGGCGUUGCCUCGUCCCAUCCAGCUACCUGCGCUGCGCUGGCCAAGAUUGCGCAUGUCCCAAUCGGCGCGCUCGACCUUGACUUCACUCGCACGCACGCCCGGGAUAUACUCGCCAGAACGCCCAUCUACUAUCUCAAAGGCGCAGCACUCCACGGUUCGUUGUUCGGGGGCGACCAUCCUCCUGGCGCCGUGUGCAGCAUCUUCACUCAAUUCCACGUCGACCACGAGGAGCCUCUCGGCGUGCUCCGGACAUUCCAAAACGCUAAUAGGUGGUUUCUCGGGGAGUUGCACGAGGGAUACGAGUUCUUAGUUGUCGUGCCGAUGACAGCGACGACACGCUGGCCAAGGGAACCCGCGUUCGCCCGUGCCUGGUCUUCAGGUCACCUCCUACUCACAAGAGACUUCACCUCACCAUUGACACGCUCACAUUGAUGACAAAGUCAAUAUGGCUUGCAACUGUCGAAGUACGUGCAAGUGAGCGAACCUACUCCUCGGGUGUAGUGAGAACCUCGCUUAUGAAAUAAUGACAACGUCAUCA